CCUCCAUCGCAGCUGCAUUUACAUGGGCAGGAAACAGAAAAUCGGCAAGGGAGAGGCCUCAGCACUUUCAGUUUUUCAAAGGCAGAACUGAGAGCUGGUCGUGUUUUCGCCAGGUCUGCAGCUGGGCUCGAGGUGGCAUCUUCAACUGGCAAUGCCGCCUUAUUUCCUCCGGGUCUGCGGAGUGUUCUGGGUGAUGCUGGGAACCUGCUUUGUGGUCACAGUUUCAGAGAAGGCGACGCGGAUACGCUUCAUCGCUGCCCGCUGGGGCAGCCAAGUUUCCUUCAGGUGCGUUUCCAGCUCUCCGGCAAAUUGGUACAAAGAGACGGAGAAGGGCAAGCAUCAGGAGAUGGUGAACACUUCCAGAGUCCAGGUGUUGAGGAACGAAUCGCUGGUCCUGAUGCACAUCAGCAAAAUCCAGCACACCGACAAUGGCAUCUACUUCUGUGAGAACAACAAGACACGGAUUAGUCGGCAGCAGUGCUGCGGCACUGAACUGCGAGUCAUGGGUAUCAGCACAUUUCAGCAAGUGCAGAAUCGAAACACCCUGAAAGAUGCCAUCAUCGUGAUCCAGACCCUUCUUAUUCUCCUGUUUGUGAGUGUUCCUGUGUUUCUAACUAUGGGGAAGGGUGAUGGCAAGGAUGCAUCGGCUGAGGACCACACUUACGAGGGAUUGGCAGUUGAACUAGCUGAUACAUAUGAAGACAUUUGUACUUACCAGGACAGAGUAACAGACAAGUGGAAUCUGGGGGAGAGUCCAGGCGAGGAGUGAAAAAUUUUGCAGCAUCUUUGGCAAGGUGUGCCACACCUGACUCGGGAACAAGUUUUGCUUGGCUACAGUGCUCUUGAUGCAGCUCUCGCCUGCUUGCUUAGCUAUCAUCAGCCGAACUGCUAGAUCAAAUGCGGUACUCCUUCGCUCCUGAUUUAUUGGGCAUUGGGUUUAUUGUUAAGAGGUACCCAAAGCUGGCGUAGUGGCAGACCCUCUUUAGGGAAGCUCCCCUCCUGCCUUCCCCAUACAAGAGGAAAACACAAAAUUGUAAAUAAUAAAAUCUGAGUGUGGGUUUGAUUCGAACAUA